CAUCCCAUGACAGUAUCCAACCCACGCCCAUCGAUCUCAAAAAAAAAACCCCACGCCCAUCGGUUCAUCACAUCCGGUAACCUCAGCAAGACUGCGCCCUGCGAAUCUCCGUCGCCCGUCGCACGCCGGGAUUCAACCCACGCCCAUGGGGUCAUCAGAUAAACCACGCGCCCGCGCAACGCCGCGCGGCUGUCUCAAACACCGGUCGGUCGCCAGCCAGACACAUCCACCCGCGCGGAGACGACUAGGCAACCGCGAAACGUUCCAGGAAGCGCACCCAUUCCCGUCAGAAGUCGUCGCGCCAAGGCCCCCAAACGCCCAGGCAUCUCACCCGACAACCCUGGUCCGCCCGCGCGGCUAACCAAACCAACUCACCGCACCUCACUCGGACACUCCCGAGCCCGGCCGCCACCGGCUGCCUCCCGCCUCCGCGCGCCACGAGCCCCCGCGCCGCUUGCGGCUGCCUGUUUGUCGGACUGCUCGGCUUGGAGUUCCUCGAGCAGAAGGGAGGAGCGCACGGCGAGUAAAGAUGGCAGCGGGUCCUUGGCAGUGAUCACAGGGACAACAUGACGGAAUUUGGGACUGAGCCCACGAAGAAGAUUAAGCUCCUGAUUUUCUUCACGAACGGGCUCCAUUGGUUGUAAUUUGAUUCGAAGAGAUCAAGAAUCACAGGGACGUGAGAUUUGAUAUUGACCAUUUGAAUGGUGGAUGGUGCAGGGACGCAAGCAGGCAGGGGAACAACACGAUUGCCGGCAUUGUCAGGGGAGGAGGGUGAGGAGGAAGAAGAAGAAUUACUGGCAUUGGAGGCCAUGGCAGCGGAAGAAGAUGGUGGAUUCAAGAGCAGCAAGCUUUGAGCUAUUCCUAAGGCCGUCGGUUGUGGGAGCGCGGCAGUUGCGAGUGCGAUGAGAUCAGCUGGUGGCGUGGCGAGGAGUGCGCGCAUCAGUUGUUGACCGAGACGAACGCAGGUGCCAAGCUCGUUAACACACCCCCAACGAACUAACCAAACCCAGCCGCGGCCAGGCGCAGCCCAGAGCCCUAGGCCAGCCAAGCCAACCGCGCGCGGGGGCAUGGAGCGCAGGCAGCCCGCGCCGCUGGCGCUGCGGAGGAAGGGAGCGGUGCCGGCCCGGGAGUGGCUGGUGGUGCCGGCGGCGGGGGAGGCGCGCACGGCCGAGUUCGGGAAGCAGCGGAUCAUGGAGAUGACGGGGCUGCCCGCGCGGGACCUCCGCGUGCUCGACCCGCUCCUCUCCUACCCCUCCACAAUCCUGGGCCGCGACCGCGCCGUCGUCGUUAACCUCGAGCACGUCAAGGCCAUCGUCACCGCCGCCGAGGCGCUCGUCCCGGACCCCGUCAACCCGCUCCUCCGCCCAUUCCUCACCGACCUCCACACCCGCCUUGCGCUCCCGGAUGUGCCUAGCACGAGCCCGGCGACUGAUCGCGGCACUGACACAGAUCAAAGUGAGGGGAACGGCCCAACGCUGGCGCUCUACAGGUCUGGGAGCGUCAAGAUCCUGCCCUUCGAGUUCAAGGUGCUCGAGGUCUGCCUCGAGCAUACAUGCAAAUGCUUGGAAUCUGAGGUGUGGGCUCUCGAGAAGGAGGCUUACCCGGCCUUGGAUGAGCUGACCUCCAAGGUUAGCACGCUCAACUUGGAGCACGUCAGGCAGAUCAAGAGGCGCUUGGUCGAGCUGGCAGGGCGCGUGCAGAAGGUGAGGGAUGAACUCGAGCACUUGCUGGACAACGACAUGGAUAUGUCUGAGAUGUACCUGACGAGAAAACUCACGUUCCAAGGAUUCAGUGAGUCGUUAGGCAGGGUGGGUUCAAAUAAGGAUGCAUCCACCUAUCAUGACGAGGAGAAGGAGGAAGAAGACCGUGAUGAUGAUAUAGAGACUGGCCGCGAAAGUUUUGCUUAUGUUAAGCCUAAUAUUGAAGAGUUGGAAAUGCUUCUUGAAGCUUACUUCGUGCAGGUUGAUGGCACUCUGAACAAAUUGUACAAUCUCAGGGAGUACGUGGACGACACCGAAGAUUACAUCAACAUAAUGCUUGACGAGAAGCAGAACCAGCUGCUGCAAAUGGACGUCAUGCUCACGACGGCGACCGUGGUGGUCACCGCAGGAAUUGCGGUCGUGAGCUUGUUCGGCAUGAACAUCCACAUCGACCUCAUGAAAGAUCCGGAGACUCCUGAGGAGGCGAGGAUCAAGAACAUGAAGUUUUUGGAGACCACCUGGGGCGCGGUUGCCGGAUGCAUUGUGAUAUAUCUCCUAGCGAUCUAUGCGGGCAAGAAGAGCAAAAUUCUGCAGUGAUGGUGUUCUUGUCAGUUCAGCAAGUGAUGGAGCAGAGGAAGUGUCACGCAGUGAGCUCUGCGGCCUGAGACCACGCCAUUUUGCAGCAGCAAGAAAUUCCCAGGUUGUGUAUAUGAUGCAAUAAUUAUGAUGAUCAUGCUCUCGUUCUUCUAGGAUUUAGCACAUUUCAUCCCAUUUUUUUUUGUCAA